GUUCCCCAUGCAAUGAGAGGGCUAGUGGGUUCUAGACUCGACUUCGCGGGGAGCUACAUGAAGGCAGAUGCGGGUCAGGAUUGGACAUUCCCCAGAUUCCCCAGACCAAAAGCCGGUCCUGCAGCUAGCUAGAGCCCCCCCAGGUGUUCACUGGGUUGGCUGGGGUAGCAACUCAGGAAAUAGGCUACCGAGUUCUCGGAAGCUCGCGUUGGACCAGACGCGUGCCAACUUGACUUCUUAAAGGGCAGCGUGGCCGGUGCCGAUCCUUGAUGUUUGCGGUAUGUAGCUUGUUUCUUGUGCAUCGACACUGGACAGACAUUGGAGUUCUAUUGUUGGUGCUGCGAUUACUGCCUGUCGGUUUGAAUACUCCUUCAAUUCGUCUCUGUCCCUCUCUCUCGGCACAAAGGACCUCUGCGGUUCCAAGUGGCAGACAUGGGGAUCUCUGCGGCACCUCUGCCGUCUAACGACUUGUCGGAUAGCGGCAAUGAGAAAGUUGAGCUCGAAGCUCGUGAGCAUGCCGAGGGUUCGGGUUCGGAGGCCUUGUCGCCUCUGGAAGAGGACCAUGGGGACGGGAAGCUCACGAAGGAGAUAAUCCUCGCGUACAUUGCUUUGUGUGGCCAGAUCAACGCCUAUAUCAUGACCAUGCUGAUCCCUGCCACGACGCUGCCGUACAUCAACGCGGAGCUGGGGCCAGACCCGAACAGCGUCUGGAUCACCAUUUGCUGGACCCUCGGCGCCUCGAUUCUCGUCUCCAUCGGCGGCCGGCUGUCGGACAUCUUUGGCCGGCGGUAUUUCAUGCUCACCGGCGCCAUGAUCUCCAUCAUUGGAACCAUCGUCGGCGCGACGGGCAAGAGCAUCCCCCAGAUGAUCGUGUCGGGGGCGCUGUUCGGCAUCGGCAGCGGCUUCCAGGAGCUCUGCUACGCGUGUGUCCAGGAGAUUGUGCCCAACCGCUACCGCGUCAUGGCCGUGGGCGGGCUGGACGUCUCCCUUGCCCUUGCCUUCAGCUCGCCUGUCAUCGCCUACGCCUUCAUCGCCCACCAGCCCAUCGGCUGGCGCGGUGCCUACUGGUACCUCUUCAGCUACCACGUCUUUGCCUUCAUCCUGCUGUUCCUCUUCUACAAGCCCCCGGACUUCAAGACGAAGCAUCGCCAGGACGGCUACACCAAAUUACAGCUGCUUGGCCAGCUCGAUUACGUCGGUGUCUUCCUCUUCCUCACUGGCGGCGUCCUCUUCCUCCUCGGCGUCAACUUUGGCGGUCGGACAUACCCCUGGAGCCACGCGGGCACCAUCGCCCCCAUCGUCCUUGGCUGCUGCUGCUUCAUCGCCGUGGCGUUCUGGGAAGCGUAUGCCGACCUGAAGUUCCCGCUGUUCCCACCAAAGCUGUUCAAGAGAGUCCGAGAGUUCGACAUGAUUAUCGUCGUCUGCUUUGUCGGCGGUAUGCUAUAUUACAGCAUGAACGUACUCUGGCCGCGGCAGUCGCAGGCCUUCUUCAUUGGGCCCGACGAAGUCAUCAUGCGAGGUGUCUACGCCAUCAUCUUCUCGUGUGGAACAUGGAUGGCUGGCCUUCUAACCGUCUUCGUCUGCUCGCGCCUCCACCAUGAAAAGUGGCAGCUGGUAGCUUUCACGGUCAUCCAGACGGCCCUCAUCGGCUCCAUGGCGUCUGUCAAGUCCACGUCCCUUGCGCAGGCCAUUGUGACGGUGGUCUUGGCGGCCACGACAAUCACGCCGCCGCAGCUCCUGUCGUUCACUAUGCUGUCGUUUGGGCUAGAGGACCAAGCCGACCUUGGCAUCGCCGUCGGCCUAGCAGGGACCUUCCGGCUCUUCGGCGGCGCCGUGGCGACGGCCAUCUACACGGCCAUCUACUCGUCGCGGUUCACCGAGGUGCUGCCGGGCAAGAUGGCGGCGGCGAUCAACGCGUCGGACGUGCCCUUCUCCGACGGCCUCCUGGCCAGCCUCGUCAAGGCCGGGCAGCUCAACACGGCGGCGGCGUUCGCGGCCGUGUCCGGGGCCACGCCGCGGCUCAUCGAGCUGGCGCAGGACGCGGUCAAGCAGUCGUACGUCAAGGGCUUCAGCCUCGUGUAUCUGAUCGCCAUCGCGUUCGGCGCAGCGGCCACGGUGGCGGCCAUGUGCACCGUCAGCACGGACCGGUCGAAGAAGAACAAUGCGCGGGCAGUGAUCAUGAUGAACGAGAUGGAGAAGGAGAGCGAUGUGGAUUCCAAGGCUGUUUAAUGGUGCGGCGGGAUGAGAGCAACACUCACCGUCAACAAUGGAGGGAGGGAGACCAGUCUUAAACGUUUGCCGGGUGCCUCCCCAUAAACAUCUGUAGUUCAGCCAUACUUAAUAUAACCCAAUGUUGGCUGCCUCUGCCCUCCACACCUGGAGCGAAAUUAGCCAAGGCGGUACAGAAUGCCAAGGCUGGCCAAGAUGAGUUGCGGACCGCUGUCGCCCGCAUUUGCUUGGCCUGUCGUGCCUGUAUAGACUGGUAAGUAUUCGUUUUCAGCUUUGACUUGUCAUGAUCGUGUGUCGCGGUUGGCGGGAUGCGAUGUCUCCUUCUCCUUGUGACAGGUCACAUGAUGUUCUUCCGAGGAGAAGGUACGAGCAGCCAAACAAGAUUGUCCUAUUUGUAAUCCCAUCUUUGUUAGAGCAUCCUAUCUUAGGUUUCACAGCGGUCAUAG